AUGUCAGCUUCUAUCGCCCCCGAGUGUAACGAUAUCAAAGAGAAAUAUGACUCUUGUUUCCUCAAGUGGUACAGUGAGAAAUAUCUCCGUGGCAACACCACCUCAAAUGAAUGCGAAGACCUAUUCUCCAAGUACAAGAAGUGUCUAAAUAUCUCCCUGAAAGAAAAAGGCAUCGAAUCUAUGGUCGAAGAAGCUCGCAGAAGUAACAGAGAAAGCGAUGCCGAAUUUCUCAAAAAGUCAUGA